AGCCCAGUCAACUCUGGUUCAUCAGCCGGGGGAGAGAGACAGUGGGAGGACAGGCACAUAGGUCAGCUCGUAAAAUCCACAUUGAUUUUGUCAUCCUGCACCUUCUGCAGCACCGACACAAGACAGCAGCAUUUACAGCAGAAAAAAAGUCACAUCGCACCAUUAAGUCAUUUUAAUACUCCUGAGAUUCUGCACCAAACCGCAGCAUCAUGAUGACCCAAUUAGAAACAACUGUACAAUACAACAACUACGAAUACGAGCAGCAGGAAGACGAGUACAUGAUACCGGAGGAUGAGUGGGACAGGGACCUGCUGUUGGACCCAGCCUGGGAGAAACAGCAAAGGAAGACAUUUACAGCAUGGUGCAGCUCCCAUUUGAGAAAAGCAGGAACACAGAUUGAAAAUAUUGAAGAGGACUUUCGGAAUGGCCUUAAACUUAUGCUGCUUUUGGAAAUAAUUUCAGGUGAAAGACUACCCAAGCCAGACAGAGGAAAGAUGCGCUUCCAUAAAAUUGCCAAUGUCAACAAAGCCCUGGACUUUGUCGCAAGCAAAGGAGUGAAACUUGUAUCUAUCGGCGCUGAAGAGAUUGUGGAUGGGAAUGUGAAGAUGACCUUGGGUAUGAUCUGGACUAUCAUCCUUCGCUUUGCUAUCCAGGAUAUUUCAGUGGAAGAAACAUCUGCUAAGGAAGGCCUGCUGCUGUGGUGCCAGAGGAAGACGGCUCCAUACAAAAAUGUUAAUGUUCAGAACUUCCACGUGAGCUGGAAAGAUGGCCUUGCAUUCUGUGCACUGAUUCACAGGCACCGACCUGAUCUCAUUGACUACUCCAAGCUGAAUAAGGAUGAUCCUGUUGGUAACCUGAACCUGGCCUUGGAAGUUGCAGAGAAACACCUGGACAUCCCGAAAAUGUUGGAUGCUGAAGAUUUAGUAAACACAGCCAGACCUGACGAAAGGGCCGUUAUGACCUAUGUGUCCUGUUACUACCAUGCCUUUGCUGGUGCUCAGAAGGCUGAGACAGCAGCUAACAGGAUUUGUAAAGUCCUGGGAGUGAAUCAAGAGAAUGAGAAGCUGAUGGAAGAAUAUGAGAGGCUAGCCAGCGAGCUGCUGGAAUGGAUUCACCGCACCAUCCCCUGGCUGGAGAACCGGACCCCUGAGAAGACCAUGAUUUCCAUGCAGCAGAAGCUGGAGGAUUUCCGCGGGUACCGGCGCAUUCACAAACCCCCCAAGGUGCAGGAGAAGUGUCAGCUGGAGAUCAGCUUCAACACCUUGCAGACCAAACUGAGGAUAAGCAGCAGACCUGCCUUCAUGCCGUCUGAGGGCAAGAUGGUUUCAGAUAUCGCAAGUGCCUGGCAGAGCCUGGAGCAGGUGGAGAAGGGUUACGAGGAAUGGCUUCUCAAUGAGAUCAGGAGACUGGAGCGCUUAGACCACCUCGCAGAGAAGUUCAGACAGAAAGCCAAUACCCACGAGAGCUGGGCAUAUGACAAGGAGCAGAUUUUGUCUCAGAAGGACUAUGAGUCGGCCUCCCUGACUGAGGUGCGUGCCAUGCUGAGGAAGCACGAGGCCUUCGAGAGUGACUUGGCCGCUCACCAGGACCGAAUGGAGCAGAUAGCAGCCAUCGCCCAGGAGCUUAAUGAGCUGAACUACCAUGCCGCUGCCGAAGUCAACGAGAGAUGCCAGAAGAUGUGUGACCAAUGGGACAAACUUGGAACGCUCACUCAGAAAAGAAGGGAAGCACUUGAGAGAACAGAGAAGCUGCUGGAAACCAUUGACCAGCUGUACCUGGAAUUUGCCAAGAGGGCGGCACCUUUCAACAACUGGAUGGAGGGGGCCAUGGAGGACCUGCAGGACAUGUUCAUCGUGCACACUGUCGAGGAAACUCAGAGCCUGAUUUCAGCUCAUGAACAGUUUAAAGCCACUCUUCCUGAGGCUGACAGCGAGAGACAGGCCAUUCUGGGAAUCCACAACGAGGUUCAGAAGAUUGCCCAGAGUUACGGUGUCAGCCUCUCGAUAAUCAACCCCUACAGCACCAUUUCUGCUGAGGAAAUUCGUGCCAAAUGGGACAAGGUGAAGCAACUUGUCCCCCAGAGGGACCAGGCCUUGCAGGAGGAGAUUGCACGCCAGCACUCUAAUGAACGCCUGCGACGCCAGUUUGCAAGCCAGGCCAAUGUCAUAGGCCCAUGGAUACAGAACAAGAUGCAGGAAAUCGGCCACAGCUCUGUUGAAAUGAGCGGGCCUUUGGAAGACCAGAUGAACCAGCUGAAGCAGUACGAGCACGUCAUCGUCGCCUACAAACCCAACAUCGACAAACUGGAGGGAGACCAUCAGAUGAUCCAGGAGUCUCUCAUCUUCGACAACAAACACACCAACUACACCAUGGAGCACAUUCGAGUUGGAUGGGAGCUCCUGCUAACCACCAUUGCCCGGACCAUGAAUGAGAUUGAAACCCAGAUCCUGACCAGAGAUGCAAAGGGUAUCAGCCAGGAGCAGAUGAAUGAGUUUAGAUCCUCCUUCAACCACUUUGACCGGGAUGACUCUGGGAAACUUCGACCUGAAGAGUUUAAGGCCUGCCUCAUCAGCCUUGGGCAAGUUGGAAAUGACCAGCAGAAGAAGAAAUCGGGCAUGGAGACUGAUGAUUUUAGAGCGUGCCUUAUCUCCAUGGGCUAUGACCUGGGUGAGGUGGAGUUUGCUCGAAUCAUGACGCUGGUGGAUCCCAAUGGUACAGGUGUGGUAUCCUUCCAGUCCUUCAUUGACUUCAUGACCAGGGAGACUGCAGACACAGACACGGCUGACCAGGUCGUCGCUUCCUUUAGAAUACUUGCUGCAGAUAAGCCUUACAUCCUUGUGGAUGAGCUGCGGAGAGAGCUGCCCCCAGAGCAGGCUGAAUACUGCAUCAUGAGAAUGCCUGCCUACACCGGGCCAGGCCAGCAGCCAGGGGCCCUGGAUUACACCUGCUUCUCAACAGCCUUGUACGGGGAGAGCGAUCUCUAACUGGAAUGUCUCACCUACUGUAGGGCUGCCCUAAAGAGGCAAUACAAGUUCAAAGUCUGCUUUUUAAAUAAAAUAUUUUGUCAGAGUUUAAGAUAUGAAAACAUCUAAUAAUAUGCAGUACAAGGAGUUUAAUUGUGUGUGUGUGUGUAUAUAUAUAUAUAUAUAUAUAUAUAUAUAUAUAUAUAUAUAUAUGUGCAUUACGUCGUGUGAUGCACUAGUAAUAUGUAAAGCAAGAUUUAUGCAAUGAAUUGAAUACAUAAAUAAACAUAUAAUAAAAAAAGAAUGACAAAAACUGUUAAAUCUGACACAUAGUAUAAGCCAGAUAUUGAAGUAUGAACACAUGCAGAAGCUGUGCCUGGUAUUCUUGUGAGCUUGAUACAUAAGGUUUUUUGGUUUUUUUUUAAAGCACUACUGCAUUUGCAUCACAGAUUUGGGGUUUGUGUUAUUCACUUUCUCACAGUAAUUGUCAGUGCCUAUUAUAACCAUCAAUAUUUAAUAUGGACCUCAGAAUUUGUUCAAUUACUCUGAUCUUUAUUAUUUUAAAAAGGUAUGCCAUUAUUUGGCACUGUCUUUACUGUUGGAAACUGGGCAACUAAUUCUGGCUUAUGAAAGAUUUUACAGAAUAUCUACAUUAUGUAUUUUAGUGGCAUGAGUGCUAGAUUAAUAGUGCUUGUUAACUUAGGCUCUUUGUUUCUGAGACUUUAUAAUAAGAAAGUGUAACUCUAAAUUGACCAGUGUGAAGACUCAAGUUAAAAAAAACAAACAAAACGAAAACCAGACUCUGUGAAACUAACAAUAAGGCACAAUGUAUAAGACAGUAUAAGCCACUAUUUUGAUGGUUUCAGACGUUUGAACUUUCAAUAAACCCAAAUAUUGUUCAA